CGCGCCAGGAGCAACUGGACUUCUGCCGGUCCUUUUUGGUCCUUCGCAGUCAUAAAAUAAUGUCGGCGUUAACGAGCUCUUCGGAACCAAAAAUACCUUUCAAAAUGUACCUUCACAACAAGUAAACCUUCAUCGCCCAAAAACCUCUCAGCAAUAUUUUUGUUCAUUCUCGAGGAAUAUGUUGGAGCCGUACUCACCUGAUUUGUUAUGGAUUAUUAUUUUGGGCUUCGUUAUCGCGUUUAUUUUGGCAUUUGGGAUUGGUGCAAACGACGUUGCCAACUCAUUCGGUACCAGUGUGGGUUCCAAAGUUUUGACAAUAUUCCAGGCUUGUUGGCUAGCGACGUUCUUUGAAGUGGCUGGUGCUGUACUUAUCGGAUUCAAAGUAUCGGACACCAUGAGGAAAGGCAUAUUGGAUGUAAAUGUUUACAAAGACGCUGAGACUGAACUGAUGUUGGGCUCAAUAGCUGCCCUAGCGGCAAGCGCUACAUGGCUCAUGGUUGCCACAUUUUUUAAGCUACCCAUAUCCGGAACUCACAGCAUAGUAGGGGCCACCGUAGGAUACAGUUUAGUAGCCAGGGGGACUAACGGCAUCCAUUGGAAAACUCUAGGAAAAAUCGUUGGUUCAUGGUUCAUCUCACCGGUGCUAAGUGGAAUAUGCUCUGUGAUCUUCCUAUGGAUAAUAAAAAAAUGCAUACUCUCAAGACCGGAUCCUCUCGAAGCGGGACUGACAUCUUUGCCCCUGUUCUACAGUUUUACAACUUUGAUUAACGUUUUCUCCAUAGUGAUGGACGGACCUAAGAUGCUCUAUAUGAAUAACAUUCCUUUAUGGAUGUCGGCUGUAAUCAGUUUGUUAGUCGCGUUCCUAUGCUUGACCAUCAUAUGGCUAGUGGUAGUGCCAUGGCAACGGAAGAAAAUCAGGGCAGAUUUGGCUAACGAACGCAAUGAAGUUAGUUUUAACAUUGGAAGGUCGUCAGAUACUUCUCCGGAGGAAAGCCCUAAGCGAUCUAGUCGAGAGUUUGCCGUCUCAGAACGUCAAUUAACAGUAAUAUCAGAAAAUACGGAGCUUCAGUCGUUAGACGCCAAAUUUAAAACUUCCAAGUAUAUUUUUUCGAAGGAUAUUAGUGAUAGCAAUGGUUACAUUCAAGCUAAAGAGACUGAAGUGCAAACUAAGCCUAAAGACCUGAAAAUAUGCGACAGUUCCUCGAAUAUCAAUCCCGCCCUUUCCCCCAGCUCAAGCGGAGUCCCGUUGAUAAACAACAAAAGUUACAAUAAAGAAAACUGCCCCGACGAAUUUCGUGUUACUUUACAGGAAAAUCCCGAAUUACUAACCGAAAAUAAAAGCGUCUCAAAACUGUUUAGUUUUUUACAAAUUUUAACGGCCGUGUUUGGAAGUUUUGCUCACGGCGGAAACGAUGUCAGCAAUGCAAUUGGACCAUUAAUCACGCUAUGGCUUAUUUACUCCGAGGGGACGGUUGCGCAAAAAUCCGAAACGCCCUUGUAUAUUUUACUGUACGGUGGGGUCGGUAUAUCUGUGGGUCUGUGGCUGUGGGGACGUCGCGUAAUCAAAACCAUUGGGGAAGAUUUAACUACGAUAACGCCAUCUACGGGAUUUACAAUAGAAAUUGGUGCCGCUUUUACCGUGUUACUUGCGAGCAAAAUUGGAAUUCCCAUUUCUACAACGCACUGCAAAGUUGGUUCUGUGGUGUUUGUCGGGUAUUUUAGUUCAUCCAAAAAGGGUGUUGAUUGGGGCUUGUUUCGGAACAUUAUCUACGCCUGGGUCAUAACGGUUCCCAUAGCUGCGUUACUAUCGGCCGGGAUUAUGUUUCUCCUAAGUUACCUUCAUUAGACAAACUAGAGCUGUGGUGUUAGUUUAUAAGCGUAAAUGUUAAGCAUGUUAGCUUAGAUUUAAUUUAUUCCUGUCAUAAUCGGUAAAACAGCGCCUAUUAAAUUAUUUGAAAUUUUAUUGCCUCUAUAUACAUAUUUCGAUUUUAAAAAUGUUAUGAAAGGUUAUGAUCUUCUCUGAUGUCUGGACGCGAAUGAGACACGACUUUAAGAGUUUGCUCUAAAGCGAUUGGGGCAAUAAAUACUAGUUGUAAAUGUUCACCCAUUGUGUAUCCAUUUUUUUUUCUUAUUUCUUAAAAUUGAUUUAAUGCAAUAAUGAUUAUUCGUAAUAGCCGUUUUGCAAAAAAUAGCCUUAAAACAACCACGAAUAAGCUAAGGUGACUGAAGGGAGGAGAUUCAGUAGCGAGUACUUAUUUUUAUAUAAUUAUAAAUUCAUUUGUUAUUUUCCUCAAAAACUUCAGAUUUUUUCGUUAUUAUUUUAAAGAUUAUUUUUAACAAAACAGCUAAUAUACAUCAAUCGGUACCUGUACAUAUACAGAGUUUUCGGAAAAGCUGGUGUACAUCAGAAGGAACAUAGAGUGAAAAUAAAAGCAAAAUUCGUAUAAAAAUCUCGUAUACACACACAUCGUUUGGAAUAUCCGAAUAGAAAAUCAGCCCACCAAACAUGCCAGUUAUUUAAAUUUUUUUUAAAUAACUAUGAAUAAGAUAAUGGAAUAUGAUACUUUGAUAUAGUAAUAGUACAUUUCUUAAAUUACCAUGGAUUCUGUAAAUAUCAAAUGUUUUUCGAAUUUUGUUAAUUCUUUGACCUUAUCGAGCCAAUAAUUUUAUAGAAGUGAGAGUUUUCAUAACUAUUUUGACCUCUAGUUAUGUUUUUGUCAACUUUUCCAAAUUAUUCUAUCAAUCAAAUUCCAUCUAAUAAAAUUUCUCCAAUAAAAAAAAUUCAAUAAAUAUUUUUGUCAUUUAUCACGUCCCGACUUCAAAGUUGAAAAUAAAUCAAAGUGUAUAAGUGAUGUAAAAAAGUGGUGCAUGAAAGGCACUUCUGUGAUUCCUAAAGAGUUAUAUAAAGCGCGGCUUUUAACAAACAAUGGUACUUUAAAGUACCAUGAAGAUUAUAGUACAAUCCAAACGGCGCUCCGAUUUGUUUGGGUCGAAUGUUAUGGCCAUUAUUGACUUAUUCUUUUCAGAAUCUAUUUUGUAUUUUAAUUCAAUAUUAUAAAUUUAAAAAGUUUUUCUAAAAUACCAUAUGUGUGUUAUUGCUUACCCCAAGACGAAAAUUAUAGCAAAGGAUCUACAAUUAAGAGACAAGAGAACCGCCAGAGAAAUGACAUGAUGAAAAAGAGAUUUACCAGAUUAGCACCUUUUCGACAGUAUUUUCUCAAGGCACGCCGAGAGGAAAAAACGAGUUAUGUCUGAGGAGCAUGUAGCAAAAUUAUAUCAUAUACAGGGUUCCCAUAAGUAAUGAUACAUAGCAAAAUUUAAAGAAACUUACCUUAGCCCAAAAGUUGAUAUUAACAUCAAAGUUGCAAUUUCAUUUUUAUUUUUUUAAUAAUUUCUCAAAUAAUCGAGCUUUUUGUACAAAAUUUGGCAAAUCGGGGUUUUUGCGCCUAAGCCGAUUUUUAAUACGACAUAAUUGUUUACACCUUUGUUACACAAACAAGGCGUACCUUUUAAAUUUCACUUAGGUUUUAAUAAAUUUCUUUACUGUUAAUCAGUAUAUUGGGUGUUUUUAAAAAAUUUUGGAUAGUUUUCCGAUAAUACAUAAAUUGUUUUCCAACGAGGAGAUACGUGACA